AUGGCCUCGAACACCGCAGACUGGUCCGCUCAGCGUGUCCGUGACACUUUCUUGGACUAUUUUAAGCAAAAUGGCCAUACCUUUGUUCCCUCAUCCCCCGUCGCUCCCUUGUCGGAUCCAACCCUGCUGUUCACCAAUGCGGGUAUGAACCAGUUCAAGUCCAUUUUCCUGGGAACCGUGGACCCCUCGUCGGACUUUGGCAAGCUGAAGCGUGCGGCGAACUCGCAAAAAGUAGGAAUUCACCGAACGUCCCCACGCACAAUGGAUCUGGAUGAUGUGGGCAAGGACAGCUACCACCACACAUUCUUUGAAAUGCUCGGUAACUGGAGUUUCGGAGAUUACUUCAAGAAGGAAGCCAUCACAUACUCGUGGACCCUGUUGACCGAGGUCUAUGGCCUUGACCCGAACCGUCUCUACGUCACUUACUUCGAGGGGAGUGAGGCGGGUGGUCUCGAGCCGGACCUGGAGGCCAAGGAACUGUGGAAGUCCGUGGGUGUCCCCGAAGAUCACAUCCUUCCCGGAGACAUGAAAGACAACUUCUGGGAGAUGGGUGACCAAGGUCCCUGUGGACCCUGCAGUGAAGUUCACUACGACCGGAUCGGUGGACGUAACGCUGCUCAUCUUGUCAACGAAGACGACCCCAACGUCCUGGAGAUCUGGAACAACGUUUUCAUUCAAUAUAACCGCGAGGCAGAUAGCUCCCUGCGCUCUCUCCCCAACAAGCACGUUGACACCGGUAUGGGCUUCGAGAGAUUGGUGUCUAUCCUGCAAGACAAGUCCUCCAACUACGACACCGACGUGUUCACCCCCAUCUUCCAGGCUAUCCAGAAUGCCACCGGUGCUCGCGAAUACCGCGGUCACUUCGGCGCCGAUGAUGUCGACGGAAUCGACACGGCCUACCGUGUCGUUGCUGACCACGUCCGUACCCUGAUGUUUGCGAUCUCCGACGGUGUCAUCCCCAACAAUGAGGGCCGUGGGUACGUGAUUCGUCGUGUGCUGCGUCGCGGUGCUCGCUAUGCCCGCAAAUACUUCCAGGUCGAGAUCGGUAACUUCUUCGCCAAGCUGGUGCCCACUGUGGUCGACCAGCUGGGUGACAUGUUCCCCGAACUCAGACGCAAGCAGCAGGACGUCAUCGAGAUCUUGGACGAGGAGGAGCUCUCGUUCGCCAAGACCUUGGAUCGAGGUGAGCGUCAGUUUGAGCAGUACGCUCAGCAAUGCAAGGUCAAGGGCACCGAAAAGCUCCACGGAGCCGAUGUUUGGAGACUGUAUGAUACCUUUGGUUUCCCCGUUGACCUGACCCGGAUCAUGGCCGAGGAGCGUGGUCUCUGCAUCGACGAUGUCGAGUUCGAGGAAGCCCGCCUGAAGGCUAAGGAAGCUAGUAAGGGACAGAAGAAGACCGCAGAGAACACCGUCAAGCUCGAUGUCCACGACCUCGGAAACCUGGAGAAGAUGAACGACGUUCACAAGACCGAUGACUCUGCCAAGUUUGGCCGGGGCAACAUCACCUCUCACGUCAAGGCCAUCUACCACGGCAAGCAGUUCCACAGCAGCACCGACAACGUGCCCGAAGGAGCGCAGCUUGGUGUCAUCCUCGACUGUACCAACUUCUAUGCCGAGCAGGGUGGUCAAGAAAACGACACAGGUAAGAUCAUCAUUGAUGGACAGGCGGAACUCGAAGUCGGCGACGUCCAGUCUUAUGCUGGGUACGUAUUGCACACCGGUUUCAUGAAGUACGGAUCAUUUGCCGUCGGCGAUUCCGUGAUCUGCGAGUAUGAUGAGCUCCGCCGCUGGCCCAUUCGCAACAACCACACCGGAACUCACAUUUUGAACUUCGCCCUCAAGGAAGUUCUUGGUGAUGCAGUGGACCAAAAGGGCUCUCUGGUGGCAGCCGAAAAGCUUCGAUUUGAUUUCUCCCACAAGAGCGCGAUUUCCGAUGCUGAGCUGGAGAAGAUUGAAGCGAAGGCUACCGAGUACAUCCGCCAAAACUGUGCGGUCUACUCCCAGGAAGUCCCUCUCGCCACCGCUCAGCAGAUCUCUGGCGUCCGUGCCGUAUUUGGUGAGACCUACCCCGAUCCCGUCCGCGUUGUCUCCGUCGGCGUGGAGCUGGAAGAGAUUCUCCAGAAUGUGAAGGAUCCCCGCUGGCAAGAGGUCAGCAUUGAAUUCUGUGGUGGAACCCAUGUCCAAAAGACGGGCGAUAUCAAGGAUCUGGUCAUCCUGGAGGAGAACGGCAUCGCCAAGGGCAUUCGUCGCAUCAUCGCCGUCACUGGCGAGGAAGCACAUGAGGUGCAGCGCAUUGCCCAGGCGUUUAGCCAGCGCCUUGACAAGCUCAACAGUUUGCCCUUGGGUCCUGAGAAGGAACGCGAGGCCAAGCAGGUCCAGGUGGAUCUCAACCAGCUCACCACCUCCGCUGUGGAAAAGGCCCGCCUCCGCGACCGCUUUGCCAAGAUCAACAAGCAGGUUCUUGACGGCCAAAAGGCUCAGCAAAAGUUGGAGUCCAAGAAAGCCGUUGACACCAUCACCUCGUACUUCGAGGCCCCAGAGAACAAGGACAAGUCGUGGCUUGUGGUCCAGCUGCCUAUUUCGGCGAACUCCAAGGCUGUCAGCGAGUCCCUGAACCAUGUCAAAUCCAAAUUGCAAGGCAAGAGUGUGUAUCUCUUGGCCGCAGACUCGGAACAAGGUCGGGUCUCACACGGCUGUUACAUCGCUCAGGAAUUGAGUGACCAGGGUGCUUCUGCGAGCGAGUGGGCGGCCGUUGUUUCUGGUGCUGUUGGUGGAAAGGCCGGAGGAAAGGGAGCUACAUCCGUUGGAAACGGUACCAACGCUGACAAGGUGGAGGAUGCCAUCUCCCUGGCUGCAGACUAUUUGAGCAAGUUCAAGCUCUAG